AUGGAGGAUGUUUUAACGCAAGUCAAUGAUCCCAACAUAGUUCUUGAAACAAUAGUUAGUCGGGAAACUUAUUUGAAGACUAAGCGUCCUGAAAAACCUUCGGAUGAGUCUUCAUCUAGAAAGCAACUGAAAUCUACCAAUUUGAAGCCACCAGGGUGGUCAUACAAUACUUACAGCGAUUUCACCCGAGAAUCUUUCAUUGACCGUAUGCUUGAAAGUCUCCAAGAGCAUGGACUGAUUGCUAAGAUUGCGAAAGAUUUGAAUAUUAAUUACCGUACCGCAGUAAGAUGGUGGCAUUUUUAUGAGGAAACAGAAGAAAAAGCAUAUAAAAAAAGUGAACUAAACUCUGGCCGGAUAAGCUCAUUUACAGCGGAACAUAAUAAGCAUAUUAAUGAGCUUCUUGAUAACGAUCCUCAGCUAUAUUCAGAUGACAUCAUAAAAAGUUUGACUGAGCAAUUUGAAGGAUAUAAAAUUUCAAAGGCGCAAAUGAAUACUCAUUUACGAAAUACAAUGCUUAUCACUAUAAAAAAACCGAUGUUUGAACCUGAAGUUAGAAACUCAAUUGAAAAUCUACAGACAAGAUAUGCAUGGUUUAUGGACUGGAGAGACUCAGACCUGGAUUUUGCAAGAAACCGCAUCUUU